GAUGGGUGUUCGUUGUGCAGCUCCGCGCCCCGGAUCCUCGUCAGGAUAAAAGCCUAAACAAACUCCUGCACACAGGGAUGGACCCCGCAGGUGAAGAUUGGAUUAAGAGAGAAAAUGAGGAGGAAAGUCCCCAGCAAACAGAUCCUGUACCAGUGAAUCCUGAACAACCACCUGAGCCGUUGUCAGAGGAGAACGAGGAUUUCCUGGAUUCUGAGCAGCCAGAAAUCUGCCAGAGGGAUCUGGCACCCCACGGAGAUACGUUUGCAGGAGACAUGUGUCUCAGCUACGGGAAUGGCCCUCCAAGGAUCCACCCAAAUGACCGGCCGUUCAAGUGCGACGUCUGCGAGAAGAGCUUCCGCCACAGCUCCAGCCUUCUGACCCAUCGACGUCUCCACACUGGGGAGAAACCAUACAAGUGCACCGACUGUGGGAAAAGCUUCAACACCAGCUCAGCGCUCAUUGUGCACCGCCGGACCCACACCGGGGAGAAGUCGUAUGUCUGCUCGGACUGUGGCCGGUGCUUCAGCGAAGGCUCUGUGCUCAUCAAGCACUGGCGGAUCCACACGGGGGAAAAGCCGUACAAAUGCGCCAUCUGCGGCCGCGGCUUCCGGCAGAGCUCGCAGCUCCGGGCCCACGAGCGGACGCACACGGGCGAGAAGCCCUACGAAUGCCAGGACUGUAGGAAAUGCUUCAGCACCAGCUCGAACCUCUCAGCCCACCAGCGGACCCAUACAGGUGAAAAGCCCUAUAUCUGCACUGAGUGCGACCGGCGGUUUGGGCACAAGUCACACCUCAUCUCCCACCAGAAGACGCACACGGAGAAGCUGCAUGCUUGCCCCGACUGCCCUGCCAGCUUCCGCAUGAUCCACCAGCUCCUGGUCCACCGCAAAUCCCACCAGGAAGACCGGCGCUACAAGUGCCUGCUGUGUGGGAAGACCUUCAGCUACAGCUCUGCCCUGCUGGCCCAUCAGCGGAUGCACACGGGGGACAGGCCCUUUAAGUGCCUUGAGUGUGGCAGGAGCUUCAUCCGGAACUCAGACUUGAACAAGCACCAGAGAAUCCACACAGGUGAGAAGCCUUAUGAGUGCCCUGAGUGUGGGAAGAGGUUCAACCAGAGCUCCCACCUGGUCAGCCAUCGGAGGGUCCACUUCAAAGGUGCUGCAAAAAAUCCCAGUGCCAAUGCAAGUGUCCCAGUGGAGCAGGAAACAGAGUCUUCCUGAAGAUCCUCUUCAUAGUCCCCCUCUGCUGAGAGCUGCUUCUGUUAUGAUCAGUUGUUCAGGUUACAGAUCUGUACAAAUCCUGGGAACAAAUCCUAUUUGACACAGCAGGACUUACUUCUGAGAAAAGUUGCACUGACAUACAAACGACUGUGUUUUAUUCCAAGCUUUGUAACAAAACAAAUCUCUGUUUCAAGGUGGUUCAGUUCUUCAUCAAAGAAAGCUGAGUUCUGUGGCCUUGGAUGCCUUAUGCAAAUCAAGCAAACAUAAAUAUAUUUGAAUAAUUUGUUCCAUUUCUGCAGGUCACAGGAAAGGACAGGGAGAGACACAGGGCACUGAGAAAUCCUGCUGGUGGGAGAUCCUACUCACCCUUUCUCUGGCUUCGGAGAUUUUGCCAGGUGUUGCCUACAUGCUUUGGGGUCUAUUUUUGUUGUC